UCAUUUUCUUGGUCCUCUGUUCUUUCUGUGUGCCAAAGUGAGACCCAGUUCCUUGUUUGUUUUCUGGGUUUAUUAACUGGGUUGUGAUCCUGAUCAAGUUUUCAAUCUACGAAUGGCCAAAUGGGUUGUCUGAAAAAGGGCAGCCUCAAUUUAUGAGUAUAUUCUUGCUGUAUGAUUGUGGGGAAGACAGAGACAAAGCUUUCAAACGAGUCGGGAAGAACGACAGCAGAGUCGAAGGAGAGGUCACCUUUGCUUGGUGGGUCGCUUAAUGGCUUCAUCUUCAGCUAUGUCACUACGUCAAGAUGAUGAUGCUGAUGAUCAAUUGAAAAGUCACUUCUCGUGCGGAAAUGAUGACUUCGCCCCCAAGGUGAGGAAAACAUACUCGAUCACAAAGCAGAGAGAGAGGUGGACAGAGGAAGAGCAUAACAAGUUCCUUGAAGCUCUUAAACUACAUGGUCGGGCAUGGCGAAAGAUACAAGAUCAUAUCGGCAGCAAGACUGGUGUUCAGAUUCGAAGUCAUGCCCAGAAAUUCUUUUCUAAGGUUGCUCGUGACCCUGAUGGUAUCACGAGCUCGGCUGAUCCUAUUGACAUUCCUCCUCCUAGGCCAAAACGGAAACCAAUGCGUCCUUACCCCCGAAAACAUGUACACCCUCUUCAUACAGACACCUCUAAUCUAGAGCAGCCAACAACGCCUGCACCUAAAAAAUUAUCAGUAUCAGAGCAUGAAAACCAUUCUCCGACAUCAGUAUUAUCUCCGGUGGAUGCAGAUACAAUUGGUUCAACUGAUUCAAAUCCACCUAGUGGUAGUCUAUCCCCUGUUCCAUUGGUUGCCGGUGUCCAAUAUGAGGAUAUAAAUCAUUCUAAGCAACAGCCUUCACUUGAAGAAGGUAUGUCUUCAUUAUCAGCUGUAGCAGAAGAUGGUCAACUUCCUGACAAGAGAAUCUCUGUGAAGCUGGAGUUAUUUCCCACAGAAAAUGUGUAUCAUAAUGGCGGUUCAGCUGAUGAGGCAUCUGCCAGAAUCCUUAAGCUUUUUGGAAGGACUGUAUUAGUCACAAACUCCCACAAACCUUUUCCUGGUGCCAUUUGCAAACCGAUCGAUUAUAACAAGCCUGAAGAAAAACCUGGGCAAACAUCAAUGCCAUGUAACUUUAUGACUACUGAAGAUUCAUUUGAGAAUAAAGAACAGAUUUGGAAUGGACAUGGGGUCAUCCAUUUUCUGCGAUGUCAGAACAACAAUUGGAGUCAAUCCAGUUCUGCUAAUCUUACAGCACAGUGUAGCUCUGGGGCAGAUUCAUCAGUUCUAUUUCUAUCAGUUAGUAACCCGCAGACGAUGAAAUCAUAUUUUGAUUGUAACCAUGAGGAUCCCCAGGAUAAAGAUGUUCUGAGAGAAAGUUCUUGGACCGGUUCAGAUACUGGAUCACUCAGUGAGGAGGAGAAUGGAGGCAAAUGUUUAGAUGUCGAGAUACAGGGUCAUCUGCAGAUGUCUGAAAACGAGAAAGUUGAAGAACCGAAUUCGGUUUUUCAAUUUAAGGCGAGUAAAAACUCAGCCUUCUCUAUAUUGAAGCCUGAGAAGUGUAGAAAAGGAUUUGUACCAUAUAAACGAUGUAUCAAGGAUGCAGGCGCUCAGUCAACAUCAGUUCAAGGCAGUGACCGGAAGAGAGCCCACCUUUGAUAAUAGUACAAUGCCGUUGAGGUUCCUUGAGGAGGGUCCUAUUUUUCAGUCGGCGAGGCCUUUUUUUCACUGCACAAGUGACUUCUUCAGGUACUGGAUCACUCGGAACCAGAGUGAUUUUCCUUUUUUCAUGGCACAAGUGUCUUGUUCAGGUAUUGCAUCACACAGAAGUAAAACCAGUGUGUUUUUUUUUUGUUCGUUUGCAUCUUACAAGUCUCAUUGUUAUGCUGUAGUCUUGGUGUAGGUUGCCUGACUUAUACCAUCUUGCCUUGUUACUUGGGGUUGGCUUUUCUGCCGGUUCCGGUUUUUACUUCUUCGUAAUUAUCAAUUGUAGAUACUAUCUUCUGCUAUGUAACUGUCAAUCGAAAUUUGUACUUAACUCGAGCGGGUGAAGGAUUAUGCUGUGUUAACAAAUCGGAAGUGACAAUGGAACUAACCCAUAUU